ACCGCCAAAGUGUUCAGGACUUACAACGCCUCGCAAACCCUUCAGUUGCAGUUGAAUGCGUUGACCAAAUCCGAUAUGAGUGUACCCGAGAAGAUGUUGGCCUAUAAUAGAGCCAAUCGUGCCGUCGCUCUCCUCUGUAACCAUCAAAGGGCUGUUCCCAAGACUUUUGACAAACAGAUGGAGAACUUGGAGACGAAGAUCAAAGACAAGAAGAAAGUGGUGAAGGAGGCGAAGAAGGCAUACAAAGACGCCAAGAAGAAUAGGGAGGGGACGGCGGCCAUCUCGAAACUCCAGAAACGCAUGGAAACACUGGAGGACCAGUUGAAGAAACUGGAGGUUCAGAGGACUGAUAAGGAGGAGAACAAACAGAUCGCUUUGGGAACUUCCAAACUCAACUAUUUAGACCCCAGAAUCACGGUUGCCUGGGCCAAGAAAUGGGAGGUUUCUAUCGAUAAGGUCUAUAAUAAAACACAAAGAGAUAAGUUUCGGUGGGCUAUAGAAAUGCGGGUACGUGUGCGUAAUAGCCCCAUGGUGCGAAACUGUGAUACCCGUGACCUUUGGAGGGACCCCGAUCUACGCCGAAGCGAACCGAUGCGCCCCAUAUCUGGACGUAAGGGUUCUUCACCACCACNCAAUAAGUGGCAAUCGGUGUCCGAAAUGUUCAAAUCAGGUCUCAUGUUGUUGUCAUCUAUUCCUCAAUUGAAUCGAUUGAGUGGUUACUUAAGAGCUGCCAAACAAACCAUAACUAAUACACUCUACAUAUCCAUUGAACCAAAUCUCUUGUCCCACACCAACGCCAACAGAUCCACUCAAGAGUUGAUGAAACUCUUGCCUCAGAUCUACGCCGAAGCGAACCGAUGCGCCCCAUAUCUGGACGUAAGGGUUCUUCACCACCACGACUAUCAUCAAAGACAACACAACACUUCACCACCGGUUCAACGAAGUCUUCAAUACACGCCACAAGUAGUGCUCAUCAAUGGCUCCAAUUAUAGCGAAGACAACAUCAGAAAGUACUUAAUCCAAGAGUUCGCUCUCAAUGUCCAGAAAAUACAGUCGAUUCCCGAAAGUGAUGUCGAGAAUCAUGAGACCAAUGCCACGGAAGACACUGAGAAAGUGUAUGAUUAUGUGGUUUUGGGCGGAACUUUCGAUAAUCUCCAUAACGGACACAAAGUACUGCUGAGUUCGGCUCAACUCAGAUGCAAUGAUUACCUUACCAUUGGUGUGACCGAUGAGAAUAUGAUCAAAAGCAAGACAUUGUGGGAACUCAUUGAACCCAUUGAUGUCCGCAUCGAUGAGCUGACUAAAUAUGUCAGAGAUGUCGACCCAUUCAUUAAAUACAAUAUCGUUGCCAUUAGUGAUCCGUUCGGACCCUCAAUCGUUGAUCCGAGUCUUCAAUGUAUUGUCGUUAGUCUCGAGACUCUGAAAGGCGGACAAAGAGUUAACGAGAAAAGGGUUGAGAAAAAUAUGAAACCAUUGGAUGUGAUGACAAUUGAUUUGUUAAAUGAUUUGAACAAAGAAAAUAAUUUUGAAGAGCAAAAGAUGAGUUCUUCGUCACUAAGGAUGAGAAGAUUGGGAACCAUUUUAAGAGAACCGCAACCCAGACCUCAUUUACCGAAAAAGCCUUACAUAAUAGGACUGACCGGUGGUAUAGCGAGUGGGAAGUCAUCGAUCGCUCAGAAACUCGAAAGUCUUGGCGCAGGGAUUAUACACUGCGAUCUCAUGGCCCACAAGACAUAUGAGAGUCCAGAAUCUGCCGCUUAUAAAGAGAUUGUCCAGAAGUUCGGUCAAGAAAUUGUGAGGGAUUCGCAAAUUGAUAGGAAAAAGUUGGGGGAAAUGGUGUUCAGCGACAAGAAUAAGCUCAAAGACUUGAAUGCAAUAAUUUGGCCCAAAUUGGAGCAAUUGAUUAGAGAGAGGAUGAAUGCCAUGAAAGACAAAUACGAUGUCAUAGUCCUGGAGAUCGCUCUCUUGCUUGAAGCCAAAUGGGAGGACAAAGUGCACCAAAUCUGGGUCUCGAUUAUCGAUAAAAAGGAGGCCGUCAGUAGACUCGGGGAUCGCAAUCAACUGACCCCAGAGUCAGCCAACAAUAGAAUCGAGUCCCAGAUGUCCAACGAAGAGCGCGUCCGUAAAGCAAAUGUUGUCUUUUGUACGCUUUGGGACUCGGAGUUCACAAUGGCUCAGGUGAAGAAGGCUUGGACUGCACUCCAACCAUAUUUAGACAAACCGUGUGAUUAA